AUGAGUCUCACAGACUAUAAAACCGAUCCCGUCCUCUCCUUAACAACCACAUUCACCGCCUGGAAAUCCCUUCUCCUCGCCAUCGCCCUCGGCGCGUCUGUAGGUCCAGACUACGACACUUCUACAUCCCUCUUCUUCGACAUUGUCAAUAUCAAGCCAACGUCCCUCGCUACUCGUCUUACAAGAUGGGACGCGCUGUACUUUAUGCACGAUGCGGCCAAUAGCAAGAUUUAUGAGCAGGAGUGGGCUUUUGGAAUUGGCAUGCCUGCUGCUGUGCGUAGUAUCUGUGAGAUACUAGGUCUUCAAACCUGGGAGUCUCUUGUCGCCAUUGGGAUCUCGCACGUUUCGCAUCUUGUUGCUGUAUUGGCACUUUAUCAACUUACUAUCACUUUGUGCAAUGAUCGGAAGCUUGCGUAUCUGGCUGCUGUCGUGCAUAUUCUUUCUCCAGCUGGACUGUUCAUAUCAGCGCCGUAUGCAGAGAGCCCAUUUGCAUGCUUGUCCUUCAUUGGCAAUCUUCUCUACGCAAUCAGCCUCAAAAACAGUCCUGAUUCACUAAAGCGAAAUCUUGCAGUUGUUGGAGCAGGGCUAUCAUAUGGAGUUUCGUGCACGCUUCGAAGCAAUGGUCUUUUCGGAGGUGUUUUGUUUGCUGUGGAAGCUGUCAGGUGUUUCUUAGCACUUUUCAACGGAUUCACUUUCUCCAAAGUCGUUAGACUCAUUUCGCCUGUUAUUGGAGGCCUUUUGGUAGCGGUUGGAUUUGUCGCACCGCAGGUCCUGGCCUGGAUGCGAUACUGUAACGGCGAAAGUAUCGACGGAGAGCAAAGGUCCUGGUGCGGACACCGUAUCCCAAGUAUCUACACCUUCGUUCAGGAGGAAUACUGGGACGUUGGCUUCCUCAAAUACUGGACACCCAACCAAAUUCCUCUUUUCCUCCUUGCAGCACCCAUGCUCACAAUCCUCAUAAAAUCAGGCACAGAGCUCAUGCGCGAGCCAUCUCGAGGCCUCAGAACCAUGACAGUGGGUACAGAUGAACAAUGUAGACUACUGGUGCGAACCCUCGCUGCAUUGCAAACGCUACUUGCCGUCUUGGCCAUCACCAAUUAUCACGUCCAAAUCAUCAGCCGCUUGUCAUCCGGAUACCCCGUCUGGUAUUGGUGGGUAGCGUCAUGCCUCAUGGACAAGCAGAGGCAGAACUUGGGCUACGGUGUGAUUGUGUUUAUUACCAUGUAUGCGACGAUCCAAGGUGGGCUCUUUGCGUCCUUCUUGCCUCCUGCCUAG